CUUGGACGCUUUGACGUAGCAGGAUAUCCGCUCUCGCUCCCGCUGUUGGAAACGGACUGUCUGCCGUUCUGGCCCGCGGCUUGGCCUCACCUCUGCGUCCUCGGCCACUGCGAAAGAAGGGAACAUGCCGAAAAAAAAGACUGGUGCGAGGAAAAAGGCAGAGAACCGUCGAGAACGCGAGAAACAACUCCGGGCAUCAAGAAGUACUGUCGACCUAGCCAAGCACCCGUGCAAUGCUUCAAUGGAAUGCGAUAAAUGUCAGAGGCGGCAGAAGAAUAGAGCAUUUUGCUAUUUUUGUAAUUCUGUUCAGAAGUUACCAAUUUGUGCACAGUGUGGGAAAACAAAGUGUAUGAUGAAGUCUUCAGACUGUGUAAUCAAGCAUGCUGGUGUGUACAGUACUGGCCUUGCUAUGGUGGGUGCAAUAUGUGACUUCUGCGAAGCUUGGGUUUGCCAUGGGAGGAAGUGUCUUAGCACCCAUGCCUGUGCCUGCCCACUCACGGAUGCUGAGUGUGUGGAAUGUGAGCGAGGAGUGUGGGACCAUGGAGGCAGAAUAUUCAGCUGUUCGUUUUGCCAUAAUUUUCUCUGUGAAGAUGACCAGUUUGAGCAUCAAGCCAGCUGCCAAGUUUUAGAAGCAGAAACAUUUAAAUGUGUUUCUUGCAAUCGACUUGGCCAGCAUUCAUGUCUCCGAUGCAAGGCUUGUUUCUGUGAUGAACACACAAGGAGCAAAGUGUUUAAGCAAGAAAAAGGGAAACAACCUCCUUGCCCUAAAUGUGGGCAUGAAACGCAGGAGACAAAGGAUCUUAGCAUGUCAACACGCUCCUUGAAAUUUGGCAGGCAGACUGGAGGAGAAGAAGGAGAUGGAGCUUCUGGGUAUGAUGCUUAUUGGAAGAACCUGUCGUCAGACAAGUAUGGCGAUACUGGCUACCAUGAUGAUGAGGAGGAGGAUGAAGCAGAGGAUGAUGAAGAGGAAGAAGAUGGGAAGGACUCAGAUGCCGAGUCAUCAGAUCUGUUCAAUAAUUUGAACUUAGGAAGGACCUACGCCAGUGGCUAUGCUCACUAUGAGGAACAGGAGAACUAGGAGCCGCUCCUUGUUGGCAGUUGUGGGAAGAGCAGGCUGAAUCACGAGGAUGCUCAAAUGUACCCUCCCUUGGCCUUGUCCAAAAGGCUAGUUACACUAGGCUUAGGGGUAGGGUCUAGCAGUUUUAUAGGAACUGCUAUGUGAACUUGUAGUGUACGGAAAAUGAGUUAAAGGUAAGACAGAUGGAGUAUCAUGGAUUGGAUUAUUACUGAGUUCAAUAACCUGGUGGGUUUUGCCAGUUAGAAACAUAAUAAAAUACAUGAUAAAGGAAUAGAAAAGAAAUAUAUUUAUUUGAAAUUAAAUUACUGUCUUUAUUAAAGGCACUGCUUAUAAAUUCAUAUCUCUGAUUUUACAAAGUAUUACAGAUAAAAUUACUGUAUUCUUCCUCAUAUUUCAAUCUAUAAAAUGAUAGUCAUGUUAUAUUCUGUUUUUCACUGACUUCAUGCUGUGUAAUCCUCACAUCUGCAUUAGUGGUUGACAUGUUCACCGUUUUCUUAUAAUGUAUGUCCUCUCCAGUGCUUGUUACUGUCUCACUGAACCGAGAAGUCUGUUCUCAUCCACAUAGUGGCAGGACUAGUGUUGCUGAUGCUUCACCCAGAGACUCUCAUUUUAAAAUAAAUUUAGCAUUAUACUUGAAUACUUUUGAUAUUGAGUUCUUGUUUUAUCAACUUAUUUUGGAAAAUAUGUAGGUAUUUUUCUAUAAACUGAUGAGUUUUGACCUAAUGUUGGUAGAAUAAUCUGAGAUGAAUCCAUACCACAAAGAUAAGUCUGUAGACCUGUCUUAAGUAAUAAAUGAAGAGCUGACA